AUGGCUUCACUUCUACCUUCAAUCAGCGUCGUGUGUGUUCUUAUAAUUUAUCUUAGUUUGCUUGCUGAUGGUGGUGGUAUUGGAGUUAACUACGGACUACUGGGAAACAACCUCCCUCCUCCAUCCAAUGCCGUAAACCUCUUAAAAUCAAGAAACAUAGGACGAGUUCGUAUCUUUAGCCCCGAUGUACACGUUCUUAACGCUCUACAAAACUCCGGAAUCCAAGUGAUAAUUGGAACCUUCAAUCAAGAUAUACCCAGUCUUGCAGGAGAUAUCAACUUUGCAAAAGCAUGGGUACAAUCCAAAAUUGUCCCAUACGCACAAACGAUCAGAUUCCGUUGCAUAUCCAUUGGUAAUGAAGUAAUCCCUGGCGAUAUGACUAAUUCGGUUUUCCCGGCCAUGCAAAAUAUGAACGCAGCUUUAAAAUCCUUCAAUCUUGGUGGAAUUCCGGUGAGCACAGCCGUCCCCCUUAACUCACUAGGAGCUUCAUUUCCUCCUUCACAUGGAGAUUUUUCAGGUGCUGUGAAACCAGCAAUGCAACACAUCGCAGGUUUCUUGGCAAACAACGGUUUCCCUCUUUUGGUCACAGCGUACCCUUACUUUGCGUACGCCAAUGAACCGGGUUCAAUUUCAUUACCCUACGUGUUAUUCACAUCUCCUGAUGUUGUAGUGAGAGACGGAGAUCUGGGGUAUAAGAAUAUGUUUGAUGCCAUGGUUGAUGCGGUUUACUCGGCAUUGGAAAAGGUUGGUGCAGGUGGUGUUGAGGUGGUGAUUUGUGAGAGUGGAUGGCCGUCACAAGGGAAUGGUAAUUUCACGACACCUGAACUGGCUCGGACCUAUAAUCAGAAUCUUUUGAAUCACGUGCGUGGUUCUGGUACUCCUAAGAAGCCCAACAAGAAUGUGGAGACAUAUGUUUUUGCACUUUUUAACGAGAACCAAAAGGAUCCAGGGGUCGAGCAACAUUUUGGCUUGUUCUAUCCAGACAUGACUGAAGUGUAUCAUAUUAAUUUUUAA